AGGAUAAUCUGACCCAGGAUCAGUGAUGUUGUCUUCAGUGUGACGUGGAUCCAACAUGGCUGCCGUGUGGGGAUUAACAGUGUGUGUGUGCGUCCUGCUGCUGCCGGCUGCGAACGGUUUCCAGUCGGAGGACAUUGAAUGUGCCUUCACUGACACCCUGCAGGGGGCGGAGCCUCAUGGCGAACCCGCCAAUGAGCUGCGAGGAGUGGUGCGAGAAAACGGCACUGUUCGCUGCAUCCGUGGCUCCCGCUGCUAUGGAUUGUGGGAAAAGAGACCAGACGGGGAAACACACCUGGUCAAACAAGGUUGCUGGACUCACACUGGCAGCCAGCAGGAGUGUCAUGGCGACCGUUGCCUGGUAACAGCGACGCCGUCUCAGAUCCAGAACGGCAGCUACCGCUUCUGUUGCUGCAGCCAAAACCUCUGCAACGCCAACUUCACCGAGCCCCCACCCACUGCCGACACCCCCGCCCUGAGGCCGAUGAAGACAGACGGGCGGGACGGCGGACAGACAGCUCACCCGGCGCUGCGGCGGGAGGAGACGGUGCUCAUCGCCCUGGUAACCGUCGCCAUAGCAGCCGUUGUCAUCAUAGCGUUGUUCCUGGGAUACCGUAUGAUGAGAGGGAAGAAGCAGAAACACAGUCUGUCAGCUCUGGAUGUUUUGGAGGCAGCAAACACAGACGUUGCUGUCGACCUGGAUAACCUGAAACUACUGGAGCUGAUUGGUCGGGGUCGUUACGGCACGGUGUUUCGCGGCUGCCUUAACGAGCGCUGCGUGGCCGUCAAACUCUUCAGCUCCGCCAACCGGCAGAACUACGCCAACGAGCGCUCCAUCUACUGUCUGCCGCUGCUGCAGCAACACGACAACAUCGCCCGCUUCCUGACCGCCGACGAGAGGACGACGGCGGACGGACGACCCGAGUUCCUGAUCCUGAUGGAGUUCUACCCUCAUGGCUGCCUGUCUCGCUACCUGUCUCUCCACACAGUGGACUGGUCUACCUGCUGCAGGAUGACUCACGGUGUCACCAGAGGACUCGCCUUCCUGCACACUGAACUGUACAGAGGAGACCAGUAUAAACCAGCGGUGGCCCACAGAGACGUGACCAGCAGGAACGUUUUGGUCCGAGCCGAUCUGUCCUGCGUCCUCGCUGACUUUGGUCUGUCCAUGAGGCUGACAGGAAGCCGGCCCUGUUGCCCUGGAGACGACGACACCAUGGCCAUAUCUGAGGUGGGCACGGUGCGGUACAUGGCUCCAGAGGUUCUGGGUGGAGCUCUGAACCUCAGGGACUGUGAGUCGGCGCUGAAGCAGGUGGAUGUUUACUCUCUUGGUCUGCUCUACUGGGAGAGCUUCAGGAGGUGCUCACACCUGUUCCCAGAUGAAGCAGUUCCGGAGUUCCAGCUGGCGUUCCAGGCAGAGUUGGGGAAUCACCCGAGCUUCGAGGACAUGCAGAUACUCGUCGCCAGAGAGAAAUUCAGACCCAGAUUCCCUGAAGCCUGGAAGGAGAACAGCCUGGUGUUGCGUUCGCUGAAGGAGACGAUGGAGGACUGCUGGGACCAGGACGCUGAAGCUCGACUCACCGCUCAGUGUGCAGAGGAGAGACUGUCUGAACUCACACUGCUGAGUACACACACUGCGGUACACAACCACAGGAACCUGUCUCACGGCUGCUGGCCUCCUCAGGCUGGCUCCGCCUCCUCCUACAUUGAGGAUCUGCAGGUGGGCGUGGUCAAGAACCUCCAGGGAGACGGCCACCCAACGUCGGUCGUCAAGACGACCACGAGCGGAGCUGAAGGCGCAGAAAAGAACAGAAACUCCAUCAACUAUGAACGGCAGCAGGCACAGAGUCAGGCUCGAUCGUCCAGUUCAGACAGCAGCGUGUCGACUGCCCGGACGUCGGCCACCAUCCUCUGCAGCAUCUCCGAGUCUGAACACAGUGGCGCUGUGCCCAGGGUCCCGGUUCGCCUGCAGCUGACAGAAGAAGACCUAGAGGCCACCAAACUCGACCCCAAAGAGGUUGAUAAGAACUUGAGGGAAAGUUCUGAUGAAAACUUGAUGGAACAUUCACAGAAACAGUUUGGUUCCACAGAGCAACAAACUACCAACCUGCUGUACCAUCAGAUACUUCACACUGCUGAGGCCAAUAAUUCGGCAUGGACUCCUCAGGGUGAACUGGGGGCUGUUGGUGGGGUCGAUAUCCCUCCGUCCUCCUCCAUCCACCCUCUCCCCAAACAGCAGAACUUGCCCCAGAGGCCAACCAGCCUCCACCUUCUCCCCAAAACGAAGGAGACCACCUCCGCCUCUUCUCGACUUAAGCUGGGAAAGAUCAAGUCAAACCACAGACAGGUGGAAACAGGUGUUGCUAAAAUGAACACGGUAACAGUCGCCACAGCUGUAGAGCCCCACCUGGUAACCACGGUAACUAACAACCCCAGCGUGAGAGGCGGUGUUACAACUGGGAACCGAGUCCAACCGUUAAUGGUGGUCGCCAAUGGCUACAGCGCGGGUGUCCCCACCCUGGUGACAAAUGGUAUCGUGGGUGGAGGUCGAACCAAUCCAGCAGGGCCGCAGCUGGAAGAGGAGGACAAGAUGGCGGGAGGGAUAAUGGGAGGAGCGGAAAAUUGUAUGAACCUGCUCAACCCCAGCCCGGAUGAACAUGAACCACUGCUGAGCAGAGAACAACCGCCUGCUGAGAGCACACCCCUUCCUCAUCUGCAUCAUCAUCAUCAGCCACGACCUGGAAACAUCCUGUCCGGACGAGGCUCAAACUCCAACAACAACAACAACAGGAUAGCGUUGGGAUCUGAUGUCAAGAUCCAGAAUGGUUCAGAGGUCAGUCAGGGAGGAGGCACUAAACCUGAGCCUCCCCUGGCAAGUCAGCAGAUCGGUGGAUCUCCUUCUACAGCUCCAGUUUCAAAUCUGGAAAAUAAAAUUCUGCUUUCUGGUCGAGCAGGCAGUACUACAUCCGGCCAACCAGUAUUGACCCCUGAAUCCACCAGAAGCCCAAAGGCUCAUCUGGUUCACUCUAUUGCCACUGCAACCCCAUCUUCACAAGCACAAGAACCCGCCACUAAAACCUCAACCUCGUCUUCAAAAGAUGGCCUUACCGUUGCUCCAGAAAUUCAAGGCCUAAACGCCUCAGAGCCAGAAGCUCCAGAGCCAGAAGCUCCAUUCAUGAAUCAAGAAGCUUCAUCUUUAGACGUUCCAGCCUCAGAAACAACAGCUCUUGCAGAAGCCUCAGCUAUAAAAAGUCCAACCUUAGAUCCACAAACUCUGGGUCUGUUGCGGCCCCAGAUGGGACAGGCCAAAGCCAAGAGGCCUGAGCGUCCUUGUUCCCUGGACCUGUCUACAUCCUGCAUCUUCUCAGAUGAUGUUUCUGUGACAGAGAACGGCAGUUUGAGCGCUUCAGGAGAGAAGAUAAAACGUCGUGUCAAGACUCCGUACACCCUGAAGAAAUGGCGUCCAGCCUCAUGGGUUGUUUCCACGGACACAGCCCUGGACCCGGACUUCGAGUUCAACUAUUGUGGUAGCAGCAGCAGCCAGAACCAUUUCUCUUCUGGUCCUCACAGAGCUGGAAGCAUUGGCGUGCCCAAAAUCAAUCAAUCAAAAUCCAGCAUGGCUGUGUUUUGGGUCGGAGGUGGAGCCACGGCGACCACGACCUCCGAGCCGGAUGGAAUGACCUGCUUCUAGUAGUUGUCUUAAAGAAAAGCGGAUUAAAUUUUCACUUCUUUGUCUUCCUUCUCUUUUGUUGUGAAAAUGGAUUACUGUCUGCCGCACCAUUCAGCACUAAACUGGACUUAACGCUAAAGGAAGUGACCCACAAUGCAAUGCUCCCAAGCUUAAAACUACAGGAACUGUUUAUGAAAUUUCAAAAACAUUGUGUUGGGGUUUGGAUUUCUUGUUGCAUCUACAUUUUUUGAUUCAGCUGGUCACUUUUUGAAGGAUUGUGCUGAUUGGCCCAAUUUGACCAUCAACUUUGAUCCUGCCUGUGUAGCACAAAUGGCCAAAAAAUGUUUGCGUGGGUGGUGAAGUGAGGGCACUCCUAACUUCUAGAUGAUUGGCUCCUGUUGUGAUGGGUGUGGUCAGUUGGUUUAGUCGGUUGCUACUGGGCUUAAAAAUCUCUAGUGCUUUUCCACAAAUAGAUUGGAUCUGGUUUGCACACCUAGUUUUGAAAUGUUCUGUCCAAAAUUAAAAUGGUUCAGAACCUGAAAGGUCGGUUCCCAGCUGGAACCAAAGAAUAUCUGAUUUUCCUUGGGAACUAAAGUGGGUUUGUCAUAUACUACAGGUCGCUUACAGUGGUUCCAGUGAAAACUGGUGGAAACGUGGGCUGAUUCGAUAGCACCAAGGUUCCAAGAGUUCCGUUCAAGAACAAAAGCUAAUUUGGUGGAGAAACACUUUGGUAAUUUAGUGAUUUAGUUUGUUUCUAGUUGACUUUCUCCUGUGGCUGGUGAAGUGAGGGGAGUCCUUUACUUCUUGACGGCUCCUGUUGCGACUAGUCUUGUGGCUUAUGGACAUGACCAGUUGCUUGUGAAUAUGGCCUUCAUCCUACUUGAUAACUACCUGAAAUUAACCAAGACUUUUAAAUCUUUUUAAAGGCAUACUAUGUGGAAUUUCCCUAAAAAACAAAGUAUAGACUCAUACAAACAUCAGUCUCACUUACAACACACUAGAAAUACUCACCAGUACCGAGUACCGACACUUCUGAGUUCGAUCUACAUGAAUACCCUUACUUCUUAUUUCCGCCACCUCCCUUCUUCCCACCGGCAUUUCACCCACCCUACUCUGCCUCUGAUUGGUACGUUUGUUGGUUUGGUUGGUCAGGUUUAGGCAAGCCAGUGAGAUGGUUAGACUUAGAAAAACCUGUUGGGAUCAGAGACAAUCAGAGGCAGAGCAAACCACUUACUCUAACUUUGCUCUAUAUAAACACAUAGCUAGCUUAACGCUAAGAAAACUGUGCGGAAAAGGGAGAAGGGGCCAACUUUUAAUGGUGAAUUUACAAACAGCAGUGGACAAAUCCUGCAUGGUAUGCUUUUAAAUUAAUAGUGACGUUAAGGAAGAUCUUUUCUGGAUAUUUGGUAUACGUGCAUCUGCGCGGCCGCCAUAUUGGAGAGGUCAAGACAAUACUGAGAAAUUCAGACUGAAUUAUAUAAUCGACUGUAACUAGUUUCAUUCUGAACAGAUUUUCAUGAAAUCUUUUAAAAAAGUGACAAAUUGAACUGGUUACAGGUUGGAAUGAAUUCAGUCACUGGGGGCGGAGCUAAUCAGCUCUAUGCCAAGAGUCAAGAGUCACCGGUUGGAAGGCGUUUGGACGUUCAAACAGGGGAAACAUUUAAAAGAGCCACUGCUAGUCAGAGCAGCACUUUGGCCAAAAUCCAGAAUGAAAACAGUAAACAUGUACAAGUGUGUGUGUGAUCUGGAGCAUAUAAACAAGUAUCAACACAUGGUACAAAGUACUGUCUAACAGGAAACUGGCAAGAAGUGUUGUAAAAACAACUGAAUUACAUGUUUUCCUGUUGACAAAUUUCGCAUUAACAAUGUUAUAGAUAAUUAGACAUUUUUAGAGGAACUAACCAAAGCUAAUAUUGUAAAUAAUUGACAUUGAUGUUUCCUGUUCAUAGAUCGGAGCCUGCAUGUCCUAGAGGAAGUUUUUCAGAAGGUUAUUUUUUUGCCAGUGACAAUAACGAACCAAAUUUCAUGAAAAUCUGUUCAGAAUUAAGUUACAGUUGAUUUGUAAUGUAGUCUGAAUCUCUCAGUGUUGUUAACUAACGGAUCUUGACCUCACCAAUAUGGCAACCGUGCAGACGUAUAGCGGCGGACCAAUGAGGUGUCUACGUUUCUUUAUCUAUGGAUAUUCUGGCUCCUGCUACGAUUCAGCUUGCUGCUCGUAAAAGUGUCCAGUGGCUAGUCAUUGUGACCAGAGAGGUUGAGUUAUUAGUUUUUUAAUGCACUUUAAGUAAAGUUAGUGUUAUUUAGUGAAUUAACAAACCAUAUAAAGGAGACCUUGUGCAAUUUCAACAGUAACUGACGAUUACCUACUAAAUAUCGACUAAAUUCUUUGUGUUUUGUGUCUUUUUACAGUGUUUUGUCUGAUUUAAAGAGCAUUUUUUGCUUUACUCUAGCUAUGCAGUCAGCUCAUGAUGCCUCCUCCUGUUGACUUUCAACAGAUUACUGCUGGAGGAUCUUUAUUCUUCUAAUUUGCACUUUCUUUUAUGAAGUAGUCUCAACUGCCUUGUGAGGUCUGCUGUGACCGCCAUGUUAGGGCUGGAUGGAGGGAGGCGGUCCAAAAAGAAACAAGAACAUUUUGGAGAAAUGACAGAGAUAAGCCACGUUCCUGCCGAGUUCGUCAAACCGUCAGCCUUGUGACCUGCGUGAGUUCGGCCACGUACAACCUCCUCAGGAACCUUUACAGCGCUGAUGAAGAGCGCAGCGCGAUGACCCUCCGAGGAGGUCUCUCUCUUAGAAAAGCCUGGUGGGCGGGUGGCUUCACUUCUCUUUUAGUUAUGUAAAAUUAACUUAUUUUUAGCUCCACCUUUUGUUUGUUCUCCCCGUCUUUGUCCAGCCUUGAGCCGGGUUGUGAUAAAUUGAGGGCUCGUCCGGGUCCACUCACACUUUUCUUCCUACAAGAGGAAGAUGAUGAAAGGCGAGACCAAGAUGAAGGAUCCAACAGGACAAAAUAGGCCUUCAAACAACUCCAAAGCUGUCUUAUUUACCUGUAUUGUGUUAUUCACCAACCCAUUGUACAGUGAAUGAGCAGUUCAUCACAUGGUACAAUCUAAAGGUCUCAGUAUGCGUCAGAAAAAGCUUCUACAACGUCUGAAAAUGUCUUGUGUGUAGUAACUGAAUUAAAGACGUUUGGACUUUAAACCUGCAGACAUCUCCUCGCACAGUUGGUCCAUUAAAUUAAUCUUAUAUAAAAGAUCCACAGCACUUUAUUUUAACCACAGUAUAAACUGCUCCUUGUGUUAUAGAUCCUAAAUAUGAGUUGUGUUUAUUUCGGGUUAAAAGUGGAUGCUUACAUUUUAUAUUUUUAUGUUAUUAUGUAAGUAUUUUCAGUUAGCAUACACAUUUUUUUUAAUAGUUUAGUGUGACAUUUUUUAAACAAAAGAAGAUACACAAGAGGCUUCUUUUUUAUUUUUAUUCUUGUUUUUUAUAUCAAAGCGACUGUCGACUUAAUACAUUUUUGUUUUUAAUGGCUUUUUAUUUCUGUAUAUUUGACAACAGCUCCUUUAAAUGUGCAACUACAAUAAGUUAUUAACAUUUAUAUGCACUUUAGUUGUUGUUAUUUUGUUCUUUAUUGUCCUAAAUUUCAGAAUAGCUUUCUCAUAAAUUAAACAAAAAAUGUGUUUUUUUCUUCCUGAUCCAUAUCAGCAUAUAUUAUGAUUUUAUUUCUAUUGAUUUUAAGAUGCUUUCUGAAAUGUAUUUCUGUUUUGUUAUUUUUGUAUUUUCUACUGUUUCUACUGUUUUUAGAGAUGCUAACGUGUAUAUAUGGAUGUGUCCUGAGGAUUAUUGGUUUUACAUUCAGUUUGUGAAGGCAGACGUGUGAAUUAGCCCAGAGCUAACUGUACAACCAGAAUACUCUAGUAGCAAGAUGCUAACUGUUUUUUGGAACUAAGGAUAACACAUAUACAGUUUUAUUCAACAGAUAAUAAUUUCCCACACAAACAAUUUAGCCCUGGUUGUUAGCUAGCUCUGAUAUCAGAACCUUUUUGUUAUUUUCCUUUUCGUCACAGCUUUGGAAAUGUGAAGUUUUAACAGCUGAAACAUUUUCAACUCAUAAUUUUCGAUACAAUCACAUCUGAUCUAAAGUUUGCUUUGUCUUGAGUCUGAGCAGUUAGCGUACUGCUAACAGCUUCAGAGUGAAAAGGGCCAAAAUCAGUUCAUUAACUUUUAUAUCUGUGAUAAUGAACUGAAAAUGUGCCAGAAAGUGACGCACACUGGUGGGUUAUCCCUUUAAAGUCAUUUACUGCAGCUUAUAGUUAUCACACUGCUCAUGUGUUCGCCUCCUGCAUGAAUUAUCUCCACUGAAACAUUAUUUCUGUUGUGUCUUUAGCUGUCAGACGCUCAUAAACUCUACUUAGUUUUUUACUCUGCCUGAUCAUAUCCGAGUUACUGUAUAGUAUUUCAGACAGUACAGAUGAAGGAUGAGGAGUUUCUGCCACGACUUACAGUGUAUUGUAGAUCUAAAAAAACAUAAUAUUUAACUCAAGUUUAACUGCUGUAUCGCUCUGGUUCCUGAUUAUUCUGGGAUAUUUGAAUUUCCCCGUCUGUUGUUGAAUAUAUUGUGUAUCUCUUUGUGUAUUUAUGUAUGAUAGUUUCCACUUUCCAGUAGUGUAAAUACUACAUUAUUACACAUUGUAUACUUUCAUAUGGGACCAAUUACCACUGCUGUAUACUGUUAGUGUCGUAUUCUGCCAAGAUAACAAUCCUCACUGUUCACACUCACGCCGAGCAUGUUGUACAAUCCUACAGAUUAUAAAUCAGUUCUGGUGGUUCGUACAGUUUCAUCCCGACAUGUUGUUAAUCUAUGUAGAGUAAAUAUCAUAAAAAUAUCACAAGUUUAAGUUCAUCAUUGAAUAAAGUGCAGAGGAUUCCGUGCGUCAAAGUGUUUUAUUUAUGACAAUAAAGGAAGUUUUCUGCUG